GUGGUGUGUGCUGGCUCCAGCAGGACAGAGAGGCCACCUGCAGCCUGGUGUUGAAAACAGAUGUCAGCCGGGAAGAGUGCUGUGCUACGAACAACAUCAACACAGCCUGGUCCAACUUCACUCACCCAGGCAAUAAAAUCAGCCUGCUGGGCUUCCUGGGCCUCGUCCACUGCCUCCCAUGCAAAGAUUCCUGCGAUGGAGUGGAGUGCGGCCCCAGCAAGGCGUGCCGCAUGGUGGGGGGCCGUCCACACUGUGAGUGCGCACCAGACUGCGAGGGGCUUCCCGCGGGCUUGCAGGUCUGCGGCUCUGACGGCGCCACCUACCGGGACGAGUGCGAGCUGCGCGCCGCGCGCUGCCGCGGGCACCCGGACCUGCGUGUAAUGUACCGAGGCCGCUGCCAAAAGUCCUGCGCUCACGUGGUGUGCCCGCGCCCCCAGUCGUGCGUUGUGGACCAGACUGGCAGCGCGCACUGCGUGGUGUGUCGCGCCGCGCCCUGCCCGGUGCCUUCCAGCCCCGGCCAGGAACUCUGUGGCAACAACAACGUUACCUAUAUCUCCUCGUGUCACCUGCGCCAGGCCACCUGCUUCCUGGGCCGCUCCAUUGGGGUUCGCCACCCGGGCAUCUGCACAGGUGCUCCAAAAGUACCACCAGAGGAGGAAGAGAACUUCCUGUGAGCUGCAGUAGCUGGGCCGUCCUAAUUUUAUUUAUUGUCACAGAAAAGAUUCUAAUUUAUGUCACGUGGACAUUCCCCAAACCUGGCCUGGAACCACUUGCGGAUCCUCUAGGAUCCAGAGCACGUAUCACAAGGACUGAAGGGAGAUUUUAUUUUAUAAGAGUUGGUAUGUGCCAUCACCAGGUACUGGGAUCAAGUUAGGACCCCAGACACCUGCUGCCUAGGGAGGGCAGCCUCAUGGAGACUUCUGCCUUGAUCUCUGCCUGCUUUUCCAGACUGGAGUUGAGUGUCAGGGCACAGGCAAGGGUAGUGUGUCCUCCUCAACUGCUGUUCACACAGGGCCUCCCAACCUCAGACCAGGGGCAGUCAGGGCCAAUCCAGAGAAACACUGGGUUCCUUUCCUCCCUGCUCACUCCAGUUAAGGUGGGACCCUGACUGACUGGCAGGCCCAGGGUAGCCUGUGGACACCAGCACCCCAGAGUCACCCUGUGCCUACUUCUCUGUUCUGGGGAUACCAGAUCAGCUUUUACCCAGUUUCCAGCCAGCCCAUUCGCCACCAAGCCCUGCAACAGGUGGUAACACCAGCUAGGUGCUGUUGGGGGCAUGACCCUUCACUUGGAUAGCUGCUACUGAAAAUCCCCCCACAUGUGCCUUCAAGGAGACAAAAAAGAAUGAAGAGCUGUAAUUUAGUAGUUAGAAUGCUUGCCCAGCAUGCACCAGGCCCUGGGCUCCAUCCCCAGCGCCGCAUACAACAGACAUGUUCGCACAUGCCUAUCACCCCCGCACUCCUUAGAGGCAGGAGGAUCAAGAGUUCAAGGUCAUCCUUGACUUGUACAGUGAGUUCAAGACAAGCCUAGGCUACAUGAGACCUUACCUCUAAAAAACUUGGAAGACAAAAUGUUAGACCACAAACAGAGGGCCAUUUGGUGGGCAAGGAGUUUCCAGGGUCUUUUCUGUCAUCCUCCCUUGAGUCCUUAGCUGUGCCUUUCUUAUAAUGUCCCAAAAAGUGUCCUUAACAGGCAGCCUAGGCAGCAUCUCCCAGCCUGGGCUUCUGCCUCACCAAAGAAAUAAAAGAUGGUUAAAAAAAAAAAAAAAAA